GACCGAGAACACGUUGAGCCGGAGGAAAAUGGCACAGGAGAAGGAGGUGAGCGGGAAUGGAGCAGUCGGGACAGAGGAAAGCUUUGAGGAUUUCAGCGGAAAUGAAACCGAGAAGGAGAGUCAAAAGAGCUUCAAAGACCUGGGGGUGACGGAGGUCCUCUGCGAAGCCUGCGAACAGCUUGGAUGGAAGAACCCCACAAAGAUCCAGGUGGAGGCGAUACCCGUAGCCCUGGAAGGACGGGAUGUUAUCGGACUGGCCGAGACCGGCUCGGGGAAGACGGGAGCAUUUGCCCUCCCGAUCCUGCAGUCGCUCCUCUCCUCUCCCCAGCGGCUCCACUCGCUGAUUCUAACCCCCACCCGUGAGCUCGCCUUCCAGGUCGCUGAGCAGUUUGAAGCCCUGGGCUCCAGCAUUGGCGUCAAGUGUGCUGUAAUCGUAGGAGGGAUUGACAUGAUGUCCCAGUCCCUUGCUCUGGCCAAGAAACCCCACGUUGUCAUCGCCACACCUGGAAGGCUUAUAGAUCACCUGGAGAACACCAAAGGAUUUUGUCUGCGUGCUCUGAAAUUCCUGGUGAUGGAUGAGGCAGACAGAAUCCUCAAUAUGGACUUUGAGACAGAGGUUGACAAAAUCCUGAAGGUGAUUCCCAGAGACAGGCGCACGUUCCUCUUCUCUGCCACCAUGACGAAAAAGGUUCAGAAACUACAGAGGGCUGCUUUGAAGGACCCUGUUAAGUGUGCUGUAUCAACCAAGUAUACCACUGUUGAGAAACUGCAACAGUACUACAUCUUCAUUCCCUCGAAAUACAAGGACUGUUACCUGGUGUCGAUAUUGAACGAACUAGCCGGGAACUCCUUCAUGAUCUUCUGCAGCACCUGCAAUAAUGCCCAGAGGGUGGCGCUCAUGUUGAGGAACCUGGGCAUCACUGCCAUCCCCCUUCAUGGGCAGAUGAGCCAGAACAAACGCCUUGGAGCACUGAACAAGUUCAAGUCGAAAUCGCGCUCUGUCCUGCUGGCUACAGAUGUGGCAUCUCGUGGCCUUGACAUCCCACACGUUGACUGCGUCAUCAACUACGACAUCCCCACUCACUCCAAGGAUUACAUCCACAGGGUGGGUCGGACAGCAAGAGCAGGUCGUUCUGGGAAAUCAAUAACUUUUGUCACACAAUACGAUGUGGAGCUCUUCCAGCGAAUCGAAAGUCUGAUAGGGAAAAAACUGCCUGCUUUUCCCACACAAGAGGAGGAAGUGAUGAUGCUGGUGGAGAGAGUCAGCGAGGCCCAGAGGUUUGCCAGAAUGGAACUCAGAGAACAAGGAGAACAGAGGAAAAGGCCCAGAGGAGCAGAUGGAGAUUUGGAUGACACUGAACAGUCAAGUGGUGUCAGAAAGAAAGUGAAAGGAGGAAAAGGCGGAGAGAGAAAGAAAGGGGCUGUUAGGGGGCGCUAGAGACGUACGAAAUCACUGCAGAAUAAUUUGUGUAUAUAUUUGAAUACAUAGCCAUUCUUCCUCUCCCUCUGACACACAAAGGAACAAUAGAUUUUUAAUCUCCUGCUAAACUUGCCUUUGAAAAUUACUGACCAGAGCUUCUUGAAAUUGAAUACGGCAGCAAGCAACACCAGUUCCAUUUUUUUUUUUCUAGUGCCCAAGGUCUUUUUCAAGGUUGACAGAUU